AAAACGCGAAUACGUAAAGGGAGGAGGUUGAAGGUCACUAAGUGAGAUAUGUAAUAGAAAUGGAAGCUUGUCCCUUAUGAAACCAGGACGAAUUUACAGUAAUAAAAUAAAUAUACUAGGCUUGCGGAGCAAACGGCUGCGACAACAGACAUGUCAUAUUGCAGAGAAGAAGGUAAAGAUCGUAUCAUCUUUGUAACAAAGGAGGAUCAUGAAGCCCCUAGCAAUGCUGAGCUGAUAGCUGAAGACCCCGAUGACCCCUAUGAGGAGCACGGUCUGAUCCUGCCCAGCGGGGAUAUCAACUGGAACUGCCCGUGCCUGGGGGGCAUGGCCAGUGGCCCUUGCGGAGAGCAGUUCAAAUCAGCCUUCUCCUGCUUCCACUACAGCAAGGAGGAGCUGAAGGGCUCGGACUGCCUGGACCAGUUCCGCGGGAUGCAGGAGUGCAUGCAGAGGUACCCCGAGCUGUACCCCCAGGAGGACGAGAAGGAGGGCGCAUCCACUGACGGGCCUCCUGAAACUGAGCCUGCCGCCCCCACCUCUGCCCCCACUCAAGACUCUGCCCCCGUUCCCGCCUCGGCCCCCGACUCCCCCUCUUCCUCUAAAGACACGCCCCCCACAGACAGACCAGCCAAUAGCUAACACCAAAAUCCACUUGCAUUCUUUAGCCAAGCCCUGAGCAAUCAAAGAAGUAAGAAGCCCUGAUGAAUUUGAAUACAUGUAUAUGUCCGUAUGUAUGAGCGUCCCUGUCCAUUUGAAUUGUUUUUGUAACUGACAUUUUUCAUUAAAAAACCGCAAAAGUCGAGACAAAGGCUUUCAUUUUCAGCCAACUUGUAUCUUACAUCAGGCGAUUUCAAGCCUUAAGAGGAGAUGAGAAUCAUGAUUUUUUUUGGGUGGGGGGGGAAGUAAAAAUCUGACGACGUGUAUAAUGACAUAUUUCUGAAUUACACAUUUUGGUAUACAUUUUCGCAUAUGAGGUAGCACAAACUCUCCAAUUAAAAAGGCAAGGUUGUAUUAACUAUUGAUAAUGGUGGUAUCACCAUUUGAUAAUAUUUGAUUGUAUUUGACCUUACACGAUGGGUAAGAUUGAUCUGAUUAAUGUUGGCCAUUUUCGAAAUGUUGGUCUCCUUAUGAACAAUGCCACUUAGUUGGAAUUCCUAUGUUCGUAUUCCUGCUCUUGGCUACUUGUUGUCUUUAAGACUUCAAAAUCGAAAGUCUCUUAGUGUGUCCUCUGUCAAAUUCUGCAUGUCAUGUCUGUCUUUAAAAUGUUCUCUUGAAAAUGAUUUUACACUGCUAAUCUUGUGUUUUCUUGUCAUCAAGCUCCUAUAGUUUUUUUUGAAAAGUUUUGUCUAUAUUGUCUGUGUGUUGUUGGUGAGUUGCUACAUUGCAAUUUAAUUACAAUGCCAUAUCAGAAGGUUUUAAAGAGCAAUGACACAAUUUUAAAAAUAUUUUUACAUUUCUGAAUGAAGCAAGCUAUAUGUUACUUAUAUUACUAGCACUAUAAUUGUGUUGAAUUCUACCAUUGUCUGAACACACACUAGCUGCUAUAUCACAGAAGGCACAGGAUGUUGUACCUGCCGGUCAGUAUGCGUUACUAGUCCCAGUGUAAUCAUGUCUUGCUCUGAGUAAUUCAGUCUCUUCACAUGCAAAUGGUUUAAUGAAUCUGGUAUGUCAAAAUGCUUCUUUGUCAUUUUUUUGAAAUGCGGAUAAAUUUCAUUUGUUGUAUUUAUUUCUUAGUUUAUGUAAUUCUUAUUGUGAUGUUUUUUUUUAUUUCUCAGGUGUUUGGUCACCAAAGUGAGAAUUAAACUUCUGUUCAGAAGUAUUCUCUGAAA